AGAGAGGAAGUAGUCAACAGUCAGUUUAUGCCACCAACAGAGCUGGAGUAUCAUCCCUGCCCCCAUACAAACAGGCAGGCUCACGCGUUUCAAUGCUUUGUCAAACUCUCAUUCACUAUCCCUCAGUACCUUUCUCUUUUCGACAGCAACAGAAACUCACACAGACACACUGAGCAAACACACACUCCUCCGCUUUGCACGCCAACCAUUUGGACAUAGCAGAGGCGCCCGGGAGUGUUGUUCUCAAUAUGGAAAACAAAGCUGAUGUAAAGGCCAUCAUGGCUCGCUUCCAAGCCAGUGGGGCAAGCACUGACGAGUCUUCCACACCUUCUUCCAUAUCAGCUGGACGUACCAAACAACCCCUGCACCCCACCCUCUCCUCCGGCCCGACCAUACCAACAAAGAAACCUGUCUUGGAGAGCCUCUCAGGCAGUGCCAUAACUGUUCCUCCGAAACCCAAUUUUCUGAAAAAUACAGUAUCAACUAAGAGUGACACAGAGGCCCAUGAACCAAACAAAACUAAAUCCCUGGCAGGCAGGUUUGCAAACAUCCAGGAUGAUACAAAUACCACCAACAAACCUCUCAUUGCUAAUAAACAUAAAAUACCCUCGAAGCCACCUCUUUCACAGGCUCCUGAAGCUAAAGGCCCUGGACAGAAACCCCCUCUUAAGAAGCCCUCCCUCACCUCCACCCCGUCUGAUGCCAAACCUGCCUUUCCCAAACCAUCUCCAGCAGCUGCAUCAAAGCCCAGCUGGGUGAAAGAAGACAGUGGUGGGAGUGCAUCCAGCACACCACCACCCAAAAUACCUCCUUUACAACAAAAACCGAGCAGCAGCGUUUUAAAGUUACGUCAGCAAAAUGAAGAGAUGGCAGGAGCUAACACAGACACUGCUGCCAAACCUUUACUUCCAGUGAACUCCACUACUAAGCCCCCUUCCAACUUCAAGGCUGCUCAGAAUACGUUCAACAAGGAGAAGGACAAGCCUGAGCAGUCAGAUAGUGGCGUGACAGCAGACGGAGCCAACAAACUGCCUCUUACUGCUACCAGCUCCACCCCACCUCCAAAACCGCCAGCCAGUAAAAAACCUAGCUUGAAAAACGCACGAAAGCCUACACUUCAAGCCAGUAGCAUCAACGGCGAUGCCACUUCAGGCCCCAAACGUAACCCACUCCCCAACAGCUUAGCUCUGGGCCCUGCUCCUGCCAAGCCCAACCGACCCCCCAAGGUUAACCUAGAGAACUUUAAAAGAGGUGCUGAGGCCUCUGAUGACGGUCCCGGCACCUUGAAGAAAAUUGUCCCAACUCCUCCGGCCUCUCACCCCAGUAACCAGAGCGACCAUGUCUCCCCUCAGACUGCACUUCCUAGUCUGCCCCCACGACAUCCUGGGACCAUGAUCCAACAGGACGACUUCUACGACGAUGUUGAUGAAUUCAGCAGCUCCCCUCCACCUCUACCACCAACAGGUCACCCGAAUCAGAGGGCAAAGGAGGAAACAGCUGAUGAUGACGGUGAGAUGUAUGAGGAUCUUGAUGAACGAUGGGAAGCAGCUGAAAACAAACAGGACAAAAUGAAAGACGAGAAGGAAGAGAAAAAACGACUUGAGGCUGAGAGGAAGGAGCAGAAGGAACGUGAGAAGAAGGAACAAGAUGCUAGAAAGAAAUUCAAACUGGUUGGACCCCUGGAGGCCAUCCACCAAGGGAAGGCUCGUAUGGACUGCCGGGGCAGUAAGACUGAACUUGCUCUUAAGCAGGGAGACUGCCUGGACAUCAUCCGCGUCCAGGGCAACCCAGAGGGAAAAUGGCUGGGACGUACACAGGAUGGAUCCAUUGGCUAUGUGAAGACCACUUCAGUGGAAAUUGAUUUUAACACCCUGAAGAAUCGGAAACCUCAGCAGGCAUACGAACCUGAGGUAUACGAUGACAUCGAUGUGGUCACUCAUGAUAACAGUGGGCUAAAAGGACCAGGAGUUGUGCUACCCCCACUACCAGGAGAGGGAGGAGAAAUAUAUGACGAUGUUCUUGAUCCAAACCUGGAAGUCAGUCCCUCAGACCCCAAGUUUUCUCCUUUGAAGCCUCGCAACUUACUGAGGAUGUUUGACCGGAACAGACGUUCUGCCAGCACUAAAGUAGUGCCUCCACCCAGCCAGUUUACUGCAGAGGGGAAUUCAGAUCAGACAGGUGCAGCAAUUGAUGAGGAGAUAUAUGACGAUGUCGACUCUCAGAAUGUGCCUGUCCCUCCGCCAAUCAGCAGCCUUCAAAACCUGAAGGGCAAAAGCAAGACUGAAGAGGCCGACCAAAAGAAGCAUAAAAAGACUGAGAAAGAGGAGAAGGAAUUCAGGAAAAAGUUUAAAUAUGAGGGGGAGAUACAGGUGCUGUACAAAGUGACCAUCAUACCAACACUUUCCAAUAAGAAGUGGAGUGGGAAGGAGCUUCCAGUGAAAGCAGGAGAAAAACUGGACGUCAUUGUUAAAGCCGUGGAUAACAAACUGAUCUGUCGGAACGAGGAGGGCAAGUUUGGUUAUGUUUCCAGCAGCCACAUCGUUAUGGACGAUCUUGAUAUCUACGAUGAUGUUGGAGAUGCGUGCAUCUAUGACAACGACUGAGAAACAUCCUGCACUGGGUUUAUAGUUUUACACUGAUAUUGUCCAUGUUAUUUAUUUUGUUUAUUGAUGAUAUACAUUGGGAGCUGCUUAAGCUUAACCUGAUGAUCAGAGUGUAUUGUCAUUUCAGUUUCAUUUAAUUAUUUAUUAAACUAAUUCUGAAUCUCUGAAUACGUUGGACACAAGGGCGAUUAUUUAGUGAACUGGAAUCAGUCUAAAAUAUUUGAACAAUGUCAUCUAUGAUUUUGAUUCCUUAAACAACAAAAUUAUUUCAUAUGGUUAUGUCACUUGUAACAUCUCUCCAAAGUGGGAAACAUUGGUUUAAACAACAGUAUUUGCAUAUUUCUGUUUGUAAGUUUUCUUUAUUUUUUUCCUUCCCUUUGGCCUGCCUUCAGAAACUCUACAGUGCUGCAUUUACAUGUACGCCUCUACUGUAUUUUGCAAUUUCAGAAGAAUAGCUACAUGUUUAAAUGAAAGUUGUGAAUAUUACUUGCUAUUUUGUUUUUAAUUAAUUAGAUUAUGACAUGAUCCUGUAUGUACAGUCCGUUGCUAUCUGUAAGACCAGAUGAAUUUUAUCAGUUCCUGAGUCUAGUGUCUGUCUUGAGUUUCAACAUGUAGACUCAACAACUGUGUUAGUGCCAAAGUGCUUCUAAACAAAUGCACAUACAACUAUGAUGUACAUACAUACAAUUUUAGAAAAACAGGCUGUGUGUUUGAUUGUUUCUGCGCACAUGUUAGUUUGUCAUGUUGUCAGCAAAAGAGCCUAUCCUCCUCCUUAAUAUACACAAUACACUGCUGGAUGUUGGUUGUCUUCUUGAGUGACGUGUGCAGGUGUAUUAUGUGUGUACAGCUAAACGAACACCGUUUCAUUUGGUUUGUUCUUCAAAAUCAAGAAAUCGGCAACAAAUUCCUCCACCGUGACCUUCUCACUGCAGUUAAUGUGCAAAUACGGAAACAGUGACAUCUAGAAGCAGCCACCAGGAACUAUAAUAAUUACAAACCUAGAGUCCAUUAGGGUUAUUGAUACAAUACUAUAAAGAUUACAGAUAAAAUCUAAGAACAAUGUUUGGUACCAAAGUUUACUUUUACACGAGCUGAAAUGACUGAUUGAUAAAUCUACUGGUUGACCAUCAGAAAAUUAAUCAGCAACUAUUUUAAUAAUUAAUUUGUUUUUUUGUUGUUUUUUUUUUACAUCAGUUUUUAAGCAAAAAUGUAAAACAUUCGCUAAUAAAAGCUUCUUAAAUAUGA